AUGCGAGACCCCGAACUCGAUGACGUCCCCCCUCCGCCGUACUCCGAGACCGACAUCUACUCAACCUCCGGCCGGCCAUCAAACCCGCCCUCAAAUUCACCUCAGGUCUCGUCCCAUCAUGGCACCAACGAUGCCGCCUCGCGCGGCUCCUCGCAUGCCUCAUCCCACAGCGAAGUCAUCUACACCCCGCCAUUGACACCCCGCACCGGCGGCCCAGGCAGCAGCGGCGGCGGCGGCGGCGGUGUUCACCAUCACAGCUCGAAUGCAAGCCUCGACCUCACCAGUCGCUCUCUCGCGGCAACCGGGGGGGAUCCCAUCAAUCUCAGUCUCUUUCGGGGUCAGCCCGCGCCCGCGGGACUCGCCCCGUCACCCAGGGACCACCUCCUCGUCCACGCACUGACCGUCACCCCGAGCUCGACACCGGACGACGUGCCCUACUCUCCGGCAUGGGCCCCCCGCGACGUCACGCAGCAGGACUGGGCGACAUUUACAAACUGCCUGAUCCCGCACCACGCCGCGGCACGGAACGAGGCCAUCAUCGACCGUAAGCUUCAGGCUGAGGAGGAGGCCCUUGCUGCCGCCGCUGCCACAUUGGAUGGAAGCGGUACAGGGCAGAGCAACAGCGGCAGCAGCGCGCACGCCUCGGCGCAACUGGACCAGAUCCGCGCGGACAAGGACACCGAUCCAGGCGCGGCGGCCGCUGCUCUGGGCGUGAGGAGGGAGGAAGCGGAGGGUGUGGUCGCGCAGUGGAACGAAGGGUUCUUCCGGCCCAGGGGCAUGCUCAUCACGCUGGUGCCCGAGGUGGCAGAGGAGGACCUACACAUGCCAGGCGCUUGGGACCAGUCCUUUGACAGAAAUGUCGAGAACCAUACCAUCGGAGGCGGCGAUCGCGAUCUUGGUCUCGGUGGUGGCAGUAGCAGCGGCGGUCCCACGCCUGUACCGUUCCCUGCGCAUCCCGGCCAAUUUCCCACGAUGCAAGCCCAGCAGCAACCGCAGUCCGGCUCUAAUGACCGGAACAGUUGGAGCUUUGGCGGCAUCACCGUCUCGACGGACGGCAUUAACAUUGGCGACCGUAUUGUCGCAGGCAGCAAUGGUAUCCGAGUAGGGAACCUCAUUGCGGACGAGAACGGCAUCAGGUUCGGGAGCACCACCACGCCGCGCGCGCAAGCGCACUAUGCCGGACCCGGAUGGGCUCCUCCGCCGCCGCCCGCACCUCCAGGCCCGCCACCGGUGCCGAUGUUUGGCGGUCCCGGCCAUAUUCCAGGACCCUUCCCCCCGACCGGACUGCCUCACCCUCAGCCACCGAUCAUUCCACACCCGAACCCGCAGCAUCUCUUCUUCCAAGGCAGUGGCCCAGAACAACAACACGCACGCCAUGAGAGUGGGGAUGGUGGCGGAGCAGCAGCCCGCGGUCGACCUCCCGGCCGGUACCCCUCAGACCAGCGCUCCGUCUCAUCCUCCUCCGCAUCCUCUGCAUCCUCCGUUGGCUCCCUGCCAGACUACGAAGACCUCUAUCCCUCACAACUGCCCAUCUACAAGCAGCGCAUCACCUCCUGGCUAUCUCACCCAGAGCAGCCCGUCACGAAAGAUGACAUUGCGCAGCUCCGCGAGGACAUACGUUCCGCGGGCUCUUCGGCGGCGGCGCAACCUCAGAAGCAACCAGAGAAAGGGCCAGAAGAUACAGCAACAGCAGCCGCCACCGCUGCGUCGAAAAAGGCAGAGGAGAAAGCGCUCCGAGCGGAAAUCAGAAGCAUCACGCAAGACUGGCGCAAACUCAAGCGCCAGCAGCGGGCCACGCGCAAGGAGAAGCGGAAGGAACGCCGCACGAGGAGGAAAGAGGAGAAGAGGGAGCGGAGGGAGGAGAGAAGGGAGAGCAGGCGAGAGAAUAGGGAGGCAAGACGCGAGCAGAGGGGAGCGCAGAGGGAACUGCCGAGGGGCGGCGGCGGCGGUGAUGGUGGUGGUGGACCGGGAGGAGAUCCUCAUCACCAUGAUCACCAACGUCGGCAUCAGCAGGAGCACCAACGACACCAGCAGCAGCAGCAGCACCAGGCACAACAGAGACAACAUCAGGAACAACAAAGGCAGCAUCAAGAGCAGCAAAGACGACAUCAAGAAGAGCAGCGUCGACACAUUCAACAACAGCAGCAACAGCAACAGCAGCACCAACAACAUCAGCAGCACCAGCAGCAUCAGCAGCACCAGCACCACGGCCCCGGACCGGCCCCGUGGGGUGGGCCGGGAGUGUUUGUUCCGCCGAUGGGUGUCCACGUUCCCCCGCCGCCCGUGGUACACGGCACUCCCCCGAUCCCAAACUUCCCCAACAACGCCUCCCCAGUGCCGAACGUCUGGGGCAUGCCGUGGGGACCUCCAGGGCCGGGUAGAGGGUCCAUGCCGGGUGGUUAUCCAGGCGUCGGCAAUGGUCCUCCUGGUCCUAGUCCUGGUCCCUGGGGAGGACUGCCCGGAGCAUGGCCCGUCACAGCAGUGCCGGCAGUGCCAGCAGCCGGGAACAGGAGCCCCAGCAUUGGCGGCGGCGGUGGCAUGACCUCCACGCCGUCUACACCAGUGCCGCCCUCCUCCCAGGCGCUUUUCAAGGCGGUUGAGGAGAUGGAGAGGGAUAUUGUCAGGAGGGUAGAAGAACUAGACAAAGUAAGGACGGAGAUGCGGGAUACCAAUCCCGGAAGAGGACGCUGCGGCGGUAGUCGAGGAUGGGGCCGGGGCCGUGGUCGUGGCGGGGGAUGCGGCGGAAGAGGCGGCGGUGAGAAUACGCAACGUCUAGAGAUUGACGAGUUGUCGAGGAAUAUCGAGAAGCUCAAGGUCGAGGCGGAUGCCGAGUUUGCAAGGGAGUUGGCGGCGGAGGACCAGAAGUCUGGGGGGUGGUAG